AUGGAGUCUAGUGAGCAUGAAAGGUUGUCAGUUAGAGAGUUUCAUGCAAAUGGAAGCAGCAUGAGUACCUCAGAAGUUGAGGCCAAGCUUGAUGAAGGAAAUAUUCAAGAGGCAGAAUCUUCGUUGCGAGAAGGGUUGUCACUCAAUUUCGAGGAAGCAAGGGCUCUUCUUGGGAAGUUAGAGUAUCAGAGAGGUAAUGUAGAAGGUGCUCUUCGUGUUUUUGAUGGAAUUGAUCUCCAAGCUGCAAUCCAGCGGUUGCAACCCUCCUUGUCUGAAAAACCACCCGUCAAAAAAGGCCGCCCUCGCACAGAAUCACCUUCUUCAGUCUCUCAACAUGCUGCUAGUUUGGUGCUUGAAGCCAUCUACUUAAAAUCCAAGUCUCAACAAAAACUCAGGAAAUUUGCUGAAGCUGCUAAUGACUGUAAACAGAUUCUUGAUGCCGUUGAGAAGAUAUUUUAUCAGGGUAUACUUGAUUUUCAAGUGGACAACAAAUUGCAAGAGAUAGUCAGCCAUGCAGUAGAGCUCCUUCCAGAGCUUUGGAAACAAGGUGGUUUCUACGAUGAGGCAAUCUCUGCUUAUAGGCGGGCGCUUCUUAGUCAAUGGAACCUUGAUAAUGACUGUUGUUCAAGAAUUCAAAAAUCGUUUGUUGUUUUUCUUCUGUACAGUGGUGUGGAGGCAAGUCCACCCAGUUUAGCAGUUCAGAUUGACGGUUCUUAUGUGCCUAAAAAUAAUCUCGAAGAGGCGAUUCUGCUUUUAAUGAUUCUUAUAAGAAAGUUUUGUUAUGGUAAGAUAAAAUGGGAUCCUUCAAUCAUGGAGCACUUAACUUUUGCAUUUUCUAUAUGUAGCCAAACUUCUCUUUUAGCAAAGCAAUUUGAAGACUUGAUGCCUGGAGUAUACCAUCGUAUUGAUCGUUGGAAUUCUAUAGCUUUAUGUCAUUUUGCAGCCGGACAAAAUGUCAGUGCUUUGAAUCUGCUAAGAAAGUCGUUGCACAAACACGAACGACCAGAUGACCUUACAUCGUUAUUAUUAGCUGCUAAGAUCUGCAGCGAGGAUCCUUAUAUUGCUGGCGAGGGAGUCGGCCAUGCACAGAGAGCAUUCAGUAACGCUCGCGGUCCAAAUGAGCAUUUAAAAGGUGUUGCUCUUCGGAUGUUAGGACUUUGUCUGGGAAAGCAGGCUAAGGUUGCUUCCUCGGACUUCGAGAGGUCUCGGCUUCAGUCCAAAGCCCUGGAGUCAUUGGAGGAGGCAACUAGAUUCGAGAAAAACAAUUCUGAUCUGAUUUUUGAAUUGGCUGUUCAGUAUGCAAAGCAUCGAAAUUUGACUAUGGCUUUGCGUUCCGCGCGGCAUUUCUUCAAUGAAACCGGUGGCUCUGUAAUCAAAGCUUGGAUAUUGCUUGCUCUGAUUUUGUCUGCACAGCAAAGAUUUCCGGAAGCUGAAGUGGUGACAGAUGCUGGUUUAGAUCAGACUGCAAGAUGGGAGCAGGGGUCUCUUCUUAAGCUUAAAGCAAAGCUGAAGAUCUCCCAAUUAAAACCGAUGGAUGCUAUUGAAACUUAUCGCUACCUUCUUGCAUUAGUUCAAGCCCAGAGGAAAUCUUCAGGGUCUUUCCAAAUUAGUUCAAAGGUGGAAGAUGAUAAAGUUAAUGAAUUCGAUAUUUGGCACGGUCUUGCAAAUUUGUAUGCCAGUCUUUCUCAUUGGAAGGAUGCUGAAAUCUGUUUGCAAAAGGCCAGGGAGUUGAAGGAGUACUCUGCAGCAAUUUUGCACACUGAAGGUAUUUUGUUCGAAGGGCGCGGCCAGAAUAUAAAAGCUCUCAAUGCUUCUAUUAAUGCUGUACUAAUUGAACCCAACCACAUUCCCAGCAAAAUCUUAAUGAGUGCGUUGAUUCAGAAAAUGGGUACAAAGGCGUUGCCUGCUGCAAGAAGCAUGCUGUCUGAUGCGCUUAGAAUAGAACCAACCAACCGGAUGGCUUGGUAUUACUUGGGAGUGGUUCACAAGCACGAUGGCCGAAUCGGUGAUGCUGCGGACUGCUUCCAGGCAGCUUCCAUGCUGGAAGAGUUAGAUCCCAUUGAAAGUUUCAGCACCCUUUUUUGA